AUGUUCUGGGUAUUUCUAUUAUUGUCGUUCAUCGCCCGAUGUUAUGCAUUUCUAGAUGCUACUGGCCAUUUAGUGGGAGACCAGUUUAAUCUCACCUUGGAUCUUCAAGAUCAGAUCCAAAAUGUUCCAAGGGACGACUCGGACUACUUGCACGAAUUUAAACCCAUUUCCAACACUAUAGUUCAAAGCCAGCUCCAGUAUUACUCGUUUAAUGUCAAUGCAUCCACUGGUUUGGGAGAAUACUACCAGUAUUUGGUGUUCAUUACAGGAAACAUCUGUACUCAGGACUACAACACUGCUGCAAGUGCCAACCACAGCUUGACGGUGUACUACUCGUUCAAUUCUACAAUGUUCACCAACUUGGAGGUAGGACAGAUGGCCCACUUCGAAGACGGGUACUUCCAAGCCCUUACUGAUGUUGCGCUUCUGCUGACGGGAACUGCCGUGUUAUACAUCGCCGUGCAAGCCCCGGAAAGUACCAAUACCAGUGCCACAUGGUCGUAUAUGAUAGGUGUCUCCCAAAACGACUUGGUUUUCCAGUAUGACGACGAAUCGUUUGUGAGCGUCGUUGACACUGACCACGAAAGUGCACUCAUUGUCACGGGAAACCUCACGGCUCCAUCAGGUGCAUCAGGUCAAGCAAAUUACAACGCUUCCCUAUCGGUGUACCAGCUUUAUGUGUAUUCUUACGAAAAUAAGGAUCUUUUCGCCGACACAAGCAGCUCAUGGUGUGCUAUCCGGAAUGGACCUGCUCUUUUCGCUUCGACUAACUAUAUUACAUCAUAUACUUCGCGUGGAGGUGGGCUUUACCAGCAGUUUUUGGUGACUGGACUCAAUGCUAGUACCAAGUAUGUCGGGUAUUUAGUGUCUGACUUUGGAGGGGUUGACUCGAAUGCACAAUAUGGAGGUGCAGUGUAUCAGCAGUUCCAGUUCGACACCAUGAGCACGGAGGCCUGUGCGCUUAUCUAUGAUCUCGAAUUCUGUGACCAGGUGGCAUAUUCUGUUCCGGCUCUGACGCUGGACGAUGCUGAAACCAAGCUAGACCUUGGAAUGAUGUACGAUAAUCGAGCCAAAUCCCUCUAUGGCAACUUCUCUAAGGCAUUGGAUCAAAUUGCAUGUAACACCACAGGCGACGCCAUCUUUUCUCCCAUCCGAACAUGUGAUGAUUGCAAGCAGCUGUACAAAGACUGGCUAUGUUCAGUGACCAUUCCUAGAUGCUCGUCGAGAAAUAUCACUGGAUAUCUUCAUCGUUCAGCCAACGAGUCUCGAAAUGCAUUCAUAGAUGAGGAGGUCGUUCCUCCGCUCGACUACUUCGAAGUUUUACCAUGUGUGAACGUUUGUUAUGCGGUGGUUCGGGACUGUCCUGCGGUUUUUGGGUUUGUUUGUCCACGAAAAAACAAUUCUAUCAAGAUGUCGUACUAUUGGGAUACAGGGUCAGAGUAUGGGUCUUGCAAUUACGUGGGACAUUAUGCUGUCGUGGAGAGUGGAGCAGGUAUUUUGCUGGUUGCGACGUGGGUGGUGUUAUUUAUCUCUGUAGGGUCGAUGAUGAUGGUGUGA